CGGCUUCCGCUUCCAGGUCACGGCCCCAGCGGCGCCGCCAUGGAGCUGCUGGGCGAGUACGCGGGUCCGGACGGGCGGCGGCGGCAGCUGCGGGCGUCCUGCGGGGACCCGGGCGCCGCCGAGCCUCUGCGGGGCCUGCUGUCGGGCGUGGCGCACAUGCGGGAGCUGGUGGCCGGGCUGCUCGGGCCGCGGGGCGCGGAGGACGAGGACGAGCCCGGGGACGCGGACGGUGAUGGAGAUGAUGGAGGAGAUGAAAAUAACAUUGAAAAUAGAAUUAAUUCAGAUGGGCCAUCUGCAAAGCGACCGAAGCCGCCGACUCUGUGAAGCCUUAAGGCGCCGUGUCUUGAUACCAUGCUGGCAGUUAAGGGGUCCUGAGCUGUACCUCGGAAGUGUUUUGUUCAUGUAGGACUAUUCUGUCAGAAAAAAAAAGCUUCUGUCAAAAUGAAAGAUAAUAAAUGCUUAGAAAUGAAUCUGUUUUCCUGGGAAAUAGAAGAUCAUGAGAAUAAAAUAGAACAUUUAAUAAUGUAAGAUAAAACUUUAAUAUUCACCAAG